GUUAAUAAAUAUUAUAAUAAAUAAUAAGAAAAAAAUAGUUUUUUAAUAAUUAAAAUAAUAAUGGUUUCUUUAAAGAUACCAAUUAUAAUACUUAGUACCUUAAUUGGUAUAUUGUUUAUAUUCUCAUAUAUAAAUAAUAAUAAUGAUAUUCAAUUAAAUCAGGCAUAUCAACAAUAUAAUAAUAAUAAUAAUAAUCAACAACAACAAAGACAUCUAAAUAGUUAUAAUGAAAAAUUAUCAUUGCAAUCACCAGCAUUUUUAAAUAUCUCAGUUGUAGAUAAACAUAAUGAUCAAAAUUUUGAAGAUGGUAAUAUUCAAAAAAUAAAAGUUCCAUUAAAUUUAUUAAAUAUUUUCCCAACAGAUGGCUCACUAAGAAAUAUUGAUCCAAUAACUGUUGUGUUUAAUAGACCUGUUGUCCCAUUAGGAGAAAUAUCAACUUAUUUCCCAUUCAAGUUACAAUGUAAAGGAAAUUUAGUUCCAAUAGAGGGUGAUUAUAGAUGGGUUACUACAUCGAUUGCUAGAUUUGACAUUAGAGGUAAAUGGCCAUCAAACCUUCAGUGUACAUUCUCAGUUGAUCCAAAUAUUAAGUGCUUUGAUGGUACCACGUUAACUGCACCACUUUCAUCAUCAUCUCCACCAAUGUUUAUUUCAUUCUCAACUUCAAAACCAAGUAUUACAAUUGAUAGCGUGGUCUCAGAAAAAACAUCAAACUUUACAAAUAAUCAAUGGAGUUCAUUUUAUACUUUUAAUGAUACUGGCUACUAUGAGGUUCCUCCUGAUGGUAUUAUCAAAUUCUCUGUUGAUGAACCUUUCGAUACUUCAAGUAUUCAAAAAUCUUUAAUAAUUUAUUUAUCAUCAAGUCAGAAUUUAAAAAACAAAAAUUUAAUAACCUAUUCAAUUGUCAAAUGCCCAAAUGAAGAUGAUUACUAUCUAUCAACAAAUUAUUAUUUCUGUAUUAAAGCAAGUAGAUUAGAGACAUCUAAAUUUUAUAAGGCAGAAUUUAAACGUGGUACUAGAUUAAAUUUAAAAAGUGGUCCUUUGGGUGAAUCAAUUUAUUCAGAAUUUUCAGGUUUAAGAGAAUUUAAAUUUUAUUUCCAUAAUAAAGAGUUAUCAAAUGUUAAUCAAAAAUUAUCAAUUUUACAUGGUUUACCAAAAACAUUUUCAAAUGGUCAGCUUUUAACCUCAAUGAUCUCUUUCACCCCUCAACUUAGUUUUACUUCAAAAUUAGAUAUUAAAGAUUCUUCAAUAUUGUUAUUAAUUUCAAAUCUAGAGUACGGAGUAAACUAUACAAUUCGUGUUAAAGGAAAUCAAAAAAUAUUGGAUGGCUGGGGGUUACCAUUAAAAGAUGCUGUUUGGAAUUUCACAAUGUCCACAGUUUCAUCUCUUCAAGUUACUUAUGGCUUAUCAGAUUUUUCAAAGGAUGAUAAAGGGGAAAAAGAAAACCUUUACACUUUUCAUCAAAACAGCAUUUAUCAUGGAUAUUAUUCAUAUGGUGAUCAAAAAUGUUCAAAUCUUGAGGAGCCAAGAAAGGUAUUGGGGUACCCAAUUACUAAGGCAAAUUUAAUUGAUUGUAUUAAAUCCUAUAGUAGUGGCCAGCUAAUGUUAACAGAAAAACCCAAAAAAACAGUAGUUUUUGAUGAACCUAGUAAUACAACUCUUUUCCAGAGUUAUUUACCAAAUAAAUCACUUUGGAAGCCAACCGGUGUCUAUUUAAAGGCUGAAUUGCAUAGUGUGGAUUAUUAUAGCUGCAAUCCUAAUUAUAAAAUAGAUUUCGUUUCAAAUACUGAUGUAGGUGUAUCUUUUCUCACAGUAACACCAAAUAGUAUCGGUUUAUGGGUAACAAGAUUAUCAGAUGGUUCAAAUUUAAAGGAUGUUUCGGUUUCAUUUUAUAAUAUUAAUCAAAAAUAUUCAUCAACUACUUCAAAAACAACAACCGAGGUUCUAUUAGUUGGCACUAAAAAAACUUCUGCCAUUGGUACUGUUGACUUCAAAACAAAUAAUACUAAUGGAAUGGCUGUGAUCGAAUAUGAUGGAGAUAGGUUAUUUAUAGCUAAAACAGAUUCACUCUAUAGAUCAUACUAUUAUCCAGUUUCAACAUCUGCUGUAAUUGUAACCGAUAGAAAGUUAUAUAAUGGUGGGGAAAAGAUGUACAUCAAAAUAUAUCUUAGUGGUGAGCACAAUAUAUACCGUUUCACUAUUAAAAUAAGAUGGAAUGUUUUGGAUAGCAUCAAUGAAUUCUCUCAACUUGUGGAUAUUGAUGACAAUUAUGGUACUGCAGAUUUAUCAGUUAAUAUUCCAGAUCAAGUAAAAAUGGGACCUUAUUCAAUUAUUUUACAAGGCCAAAAUACAGUAUCGGACUCAUCCUCAGAUAUAACCUUUUAUGAAUCCAUUUUAAUUUCAGAUCCACGUAUUCCAUCAGGUGUUUUAUCAAUUACACCAAACCAAAGAUAUUUACAAUACUCAAGUAGCUAUACCAGUUUAUCUGCUUCGUUUUCAAUUAAUACAAAUACAUAUCUUGGAGUCCCACUACCAAAUAAGAAUGUGUCAAUCUCUUGUUCAUUCUCUCGUAAUUCCAUUAAUUCACGUUCUUUUUCAUUCACCGAAACUAAAUCAAUUUUUACAAAUAAUGAUGGUUUUGCUUCAUUAGAGUUUACAUUUGAUAGAAAGAAUGUUCAAUUUGAAGACGGUGAUAUUAUAACAUGUAGCGGUAGUUAUAUGGAUUCAACAGGAAGCUUGAUUUCACAAGAUUCACCAAUGGUAAUUUCAAUUUUAUCAUCAGAAUAUUCAUUACAAAUUAGAUCAGAGUCAAGUGUUACUAGAGGCUAUCCAUCAACUGUAAAUGUUUUGUUAUUAAACCAAACAACAUUCGAACCAAUUAAAAAUAUUCCAAUUGAUGUUAGAAUUGUUGAAAGCAACACUAAUCCAUAUGAUUAUCAAGGUAAAACAAUUAAAAAUUCAAUUUUUAACAUUUGGGAUUCAGGUAAAAAGAAAUCACUUACAACAUCAUGCCAUUAUGAAACCGAUUCCUCAAAUACUGACAAGUGUUAUAUAGUUUUACCAGAGGAAGAGUCACCAACAGCCACUAUUUACUAUUUAGUUGUCAAAGCAUCUUUACCAGAUGGCACAGAAUUAAAGAAUUAUAAGAAAAUAAGUGUUGAUUAUGAAUACAAAGCUGGUGAAGAUGGCGUUAGUGCCAAGGGAUUUUUAAAUGAAAAUGCUAAGGUUUUCUCAAUCCCAGAUUCAUUAUUAUGGUUUACAAUGGAUAAUGAAGUUUAUUAUCCAAACCAAACAGUCGAUGUCCGUUUCUAUAACCCUUUCAAGAUGGGUACUAUGACAUUUAAAUUUGGUUGUGGUUCUAAAAAUCAAUAUGAAAAGCAAAUUAGUAAACCACAUGGCUUCCAAACUUUAUCAAUUUCAAUCCCUAGUGAUUGUGGUGGCAAAACUCUAAGCGUUGUUGGCACUUUAAUUGGAACAAAAUAUGGAUUCAAAAUUUCAGAUUCUAUUCCAACUUCAUUAACAAAAUAUAAUCCAGAUAAACCAAACCCACAAACUUUUUCACUUUCAUAUCGUAUUAAUCAACAAAAAGAUUUAGAGAUUUCAAUUGAUCUUGAUGAUUCAAUUUUCAAACCAAAUGAGCAAGCUAGUUUUUCAAUUAAAGUAGCCGAUCCAAAUACAAAGAAAUUAAUUGAUGAACAAGUCGAGGCAUGUAUAAUGGUUGUAGAUAAAAGAAAUUAUGAUCUUUAUGGGAAUCCAAUCGAAUCUGGGGAAAAACUAUCACUUGACUCACCAUUUAGAGAAAUUUCAGAUACACGUUUCAAUCUUAUCCAUAAUUAUCGAGAGCAAGUUAGAAUUGUUGAAAAAAUUCUUUCUAAUAAUAAAUGGACUUAUUUUGGAUGGGAUAGAUAUUCACAGAUUUCCAAAAAUAGCUCAUUAUUCAGUUUCUAUCAAUAUGAAUGGUUUACAGAAAGAAGUCAAAACUCAAUUUUCUUUAAAUCUUUUAAUACUUUCGCACCUUCAGCACGUCAGUUUGAUGAUGAGGUCGCAGAUGCUUCUCCUUUGAUGGGUACAGGUGCAAAUGGUGCUCAAUCAAAUCAGGCAAUUAUUAAAACAAAUUAUCAAACAACCCCAUUGUUUAUUGGCAAAAGCUUAAUUAGUAAUGGUCUCGUAAAUGUAUCAUUUACAUUACCAGACGACCUCACUACUUUCAUCAUCAGAGUUUAUAUAAUAAAUAAAGAAUCCCAACUCUAUUCCAAAGAAUCAUCGUUAAUAUCAAGAAAGGACUUGAAUAUGAUUGGCUUUUCACCAAGAUUUGUUCGUACCGAUGACCAAUUUGAAUCUGGUGUUAGUAUUACACGUUUAAGUGAAUCAAUUGAUGUUAGUGAUCUAUGUGUUGCUGCUAAAUAUAAAGAACCAUGUAUUCAGUUUGAUUCAAAGGAUAAAGUCCCAACUAAAGAUCUUGUAUUCAAUGACAAUUCUAGAUUAUCAACCAAUAUAAUGUUUUCAUUAACUGCAGAGUAUCAAUGCGAUACUGCCACAUUAUACUUCUUUUUACAAAAAAAAUCAUCUGGUGAAAUUUUAGAUCAAAUCACAACUAAAUUUGCAGUGUUGGGUAAACAAGCACCUCUUUAUGUUGGUACCAGCUUCCAAGUUAAAGCAAAUAGUACAAGCGAAGAGCUCCUUUCUCUCCCAAAGAGUGAAGGUGAUAUCGGUAGCCUUAAAAUUACAGUUGGUGUUGGGCAUCUUCCAGUUGUCGAGGAGAAAUCAAUGAGACUGCUUUCAAUUAAUAAAAACAGAUUACCAUCUUCAAUCGAUUUAUUAUCACAACAGGUUACAUAUGGUGCAUUAUCAUCAUAUAGUUAUAAUUCAUCACUAAUUGUAAUGUCGCAACAAAUAAUUGAAUCGAUUAACGAGGGAUUCUAUGCAUAUACCUCAUCGGAUUAUAUUUCGUGGUAUCCAAAUAGCCAACCAGACUUUUAUCCAAAUCUUUAUGCAACUGUUCUCAAGGGUAUUAUGGAUGUCACAAAUACAGCUGGAUGGUCUAUUAUAGGUAAUAUAUCAAACUGGAGUUCAUUUGUCGAUCAACAAUUAAAUAGUAAUCUUCAAGAUGCUGUUAAAAACAAUCGUAGUAUAGACAAAGAGACUAUUGGUUUAGCUUCAAUUGGUUUCGGUUAUUAUUGGGCACCUAAAGACGAGGACCUUAACGAUCUUUAUUCUUUCAAUGCCUUAACAUCAAAUAUAACUGAUAAUUGCUCAUUGCUUUGUCAAACCUAUUUUGCAUUGGCCGCCAUCAUUCGUGAAGAAUAUACAUCACCAUUCAUUGGUCAAGUUAUUGACAAUCUUAAAAACAAUAUUCGUAUUCAAGGUAGAACCGCAUAUAUUGAAAGUGAAGGUAUAAAUAACAAUCCAUUCUACAGUCUCAAAUUAACAACAUAUGCAUCAAUUCUCUUUAUCCUCAGAAAUGAAUCUUCCCCAAUUUUACCAAAAAUGAUAGAGUUUAUCUCUGUUGGCUCAUCAGGAUCAAAUGGACUUUCAUAUUUCCCAAUAGAACCAUCCAGUGAAUCACAAGCUCUCUCAUUAAUUGCAAUUUCAUUUUAUGAUAGAGUAAAUGAAAACACCUCUCCAGAUCUAGAAUUUAGCGCAUAUCAAUCAAACUACCCACCAAUUAUUCAACAUCAUUUUUAUCCAAAUAAUAAUGAUAGUGUCGAAAAAGUUGUACCAUUUAAUAGUUUGGAAUCAAACCAAACUAUUCAAUUCAAUUCUAAAGGUACUGGUGAAGUUUCUGUGGCUGUUGGUAUAAAUUACACACCAAUUAAUAUUCCCACUACACCCGUUUAUAAUGGUUUCUAUGUCGAAAAAAUUGUUUCGGAAUAUAGCUAUUCUACACCAUCAUCAUCACCUGCAACCCCAAUUAAUAGUUCAAAUGAAUUUUAUGUAGGUCAAGAGGUAAUGGUAACAAUUUCAGUAACUGUCCCAGACUAUAUGAGGGAUGUUUAUAUAGAAGACGGAGCAAGUGGUGGAAUCGAACCAAUAGAUAAUAAUUUAGAUAAUAGUGGAGAUGGACCAACCCCAUAUUAUAGAGAGCCAUCUUUAAUUUGGUAUUAUCAACCAUUCUCUCACAGAGAAACUAGAAAAGAAAAAGUUAUAUUCCAAGGUUCAAAUAUAAUAGCUGGUUCAUAUACUGUUAGUUAUAAAUGCACAGUGACAUCAAAAGGAACAUUUACUAUGCCUCCUGCUAAAGCUUAUUCCUCAAUCCAACCUGAAGUAUUCGGAACAUCAAAUGGUUUUAAAUAUAAAGUAUUAUAAUAGCUUUUUAGUUUUAUAAAUAAAAAAUAAAUUAAAAAAUAAAAAAAAUAAAUAAAAAAUAGAUUUAUAUUUAAUAAUUUUUAAUAUUAUAAUAUUUAGAAAAUUAUAAUAUCUUUGAUAAAUACAUAUUUUAAAAAUAAUUUAUUAGUUAUAAUUAUUAUUUUGUAAUGACAUUGUAAACAAAGAGGUUGUACGAUUUAAUAAAACUCUUGUUUGAGAUAUUGGUGGUGGAGGUGGAUAAUAUGGAGGUGGAUCUAAUUUUUUUAUAUUAUUAUUUAGUGAGGAGUUUAAAACGAUAUUAACUUUUUCUUCACUAUUGUUAGUAUUAUUUGUAUUACUUGUAUUAUUUGUAUUAUUUGUAGUAUUUUUAUUAUUCAUAUUAUUCAUAUUAUUGUUUGUAAUGAUUUUAUUGCUAUUAUUUAUAUUAUUUGUACUAUUAUUAUUAAUUGAGUUAUUAAUUACACGAUUGCUAAGAUUAUUUACAUUUGAGUUACUAUGGCUAAGAUUGGGUCUAUUUAAAGUAUUAUUAAAGUUGUUGCUAUUGUUUGAACUAAAUUCAGUAAUAUUUUUAAGGGCUUGAUGAUUUGUAAUGUUAACAGAGUGUCUAACUGGGUUUUUUAAUGUACUGUUUGCCCUUCUUACUGGUGGGGGAGAAAGUGAGGUAUUGAAAAAAUCUGGUUUCUGAAUUUGGUCCACACCUGAGGAUGUUAAAUUUACAUUACUAUUUUUAAAAUUGGUUGAUGAUGAUUCAAAAGUAGUUGAAAUGGAUGGACUAUCUUCAUUUAAUACUAGUUUUGGUGAUAAAAAUGAUCUGGUUCUG